AUGUCUCUUGCCAAUGCUCGUCUGUGGACUUCGAUAACGACAUCUUCCCUUAUUCACGCACAAGAGUCCUCAACCAUCUCCCCUGCGAUCUGGUCUCCACAAUCUCGCAGGACUGGCCUCAUUGCGCGGAAGCGGGGGAUGGCUGCAUUAUAUGACGACUAUGGCGCGCGCAUCCCCGUCACUGUUCUACAAGUGGACAACUGUCAAGUCACUGGGAACAUCAAAAUGCUUUGGCCGCACAAGGAGCCAUACUACGGUGUUCAAGUCGCUGCAACAAACAAAGAUAGAAGAAAGGUAACCCAUGGAAUGAAGGGCCACUUUAAAAAGGCUGGCGUGCCGCCGAAAGCUAUCGUGGCCGAGUUUCGCGUUUCUCAGGAUGCACUGGUCCCAAUCGGUACCACCCUUUCAUCUAUACACUUCGUUCCCGGACAAUUCGUUGACGUCGCAGGGAAAUCGACUGGGAAAGGUUUUGCUGGUGUAAUGAAGAGAUGGGGAUUUGGUGGUCAACCAGCCAGUCACGGAACUUCCCUUACUCACCGUUCCGCAGGAGGCACAGGCGCCCAUCAGGAUCCUGGUCGCGUAUGGCCGGGAAAGAAGAUGGCAGGUCGCAUGGGAGGGAAGCGUGUCACUGUUUUGAACCUUCCAGUUGUUCGUGUGGACAGCACCCUCAAUCUUAUUUACGUCAAAGGUUGUAUUCCUGGUGUUAAUGGGGCUCAUGUGUUUGUGACGGAUGCGAAGCGCAAAGUGCAAGCUGCGGCACAACGGAAAUUGCAGAAAGGGAUGGGUAUCGAGAAUUGCUUGCCUCCUGGUGUUGAUUCUCUGCCUCUCCCAGCAGGCACAAAAGAGAUGGCCGAAACACUACCAAAGAUAAUAACCGCUCCUACGAGGGGACGGAAUCCCUUUUCACCCAUAGAUUAAUGAUAUAAUUCUCCCAAUUUUCAUAAACACAAGAGUGUAGCUGGAGGUGUCGCCUGUAAGCAAUUGCAACUACAUGUACUUCAAGAACCCUCGGGUUGCUUCAUUCACGUUCC